UGCUGCCUUAAAUGGCCGACGUCGAUCCGUAUGCGUCUCGUCCACCCUGUCUCCAUAAAAGGACGCACUCGAUGUUAUUUUUAAGUGCACUCGACAAUCCCUAUAAAAACGACGCGAAGCGUCACUAGCGCACUCGCUGAUUAAGUCGCUAAGCGUCGAGUCCUUUUAACUUUCUAUAGAGUCGCAGUAACACCACAAAACCUACAAAAUGUGUGACGAUGAUGUAGCGGCUCUGGUCAUCGACAAUGGCUCAGGAAUGUGCAAAGCCGGUUUCGCAGGAGAUGACGCUCCACGUGCCGUCUUCCCGUCCAUCGUUGGUCGCCCCAGACACCAGGGUGUCAUGGUGGGUAUGGGUCAGAAGGAUUCUUAUGUAGGAGACGAAGCGCAAAGCAAGAGAGGUAUUCUCACAUUGAAAUAUCCCAUCGAACACGGCAUCAUCACUAAUUGGGACGACAUGGAGAAGAUUUGGCAUCACACCUUUUACAAUGAACUCAGAGUUGCGCCGGAGGAACAUCCCAUUUUGCUUACUGAAGCUCCUCUUAAUCCCAAGGCUAACAGAGAAAAGAUGACCCAAAUCAUGUUUGAAACAUUCAACACACCAGCCAUGUAUGUAGCCAUUCAAGCCGUACUGUCACUGUACGCUUCCGGUCGUACCACCGGUAUUGUACUCGACUCAGGAGACGGUGUAUCCCACACAGUACCCAUCUAUGAAGGUUACGCCCUUCCCCACGCUAUUCUGCGUCUGGACUUGGCCGGUAGAGACUUAACUGACUACCUUAUGAAGAUUCUCACCGAAAGAGGUUACUCAUUCACCACCACUGCCGAAAGAGAAAUCGUAAGAGACAUCAAAGAGAAACUUUGCUAUGUUGCUUUGGACUUUGAGCAAGAAAUGGCAACCGCUGCUAGCUCUACUUCCUUGGAAAAGUCUUACGAACUGCCUGAUGGUCAGGUUAUUACCAUUGGUAAUGAGAGGUUCCGUUGUCCCGAAGCUUUGUUCCAACCUUCCUUCUUGGGUAUGGAAUCUUGCGGUAUUCAUGAAACUGUCUACAACUCCAUCAUGAAGUGUGAUGUAGAUAUUCGUAAGGACUUGUACGCCAACACUGUACUCUCUGGUGGUACCACCAUGUACCCAGGUAUUGCUGAUCGUAUGCAAAAGGAAAUCACCGCUUUAGCCCCAUCAACAAUCAAAAUCAAGAUCAUCGCUCCCCCAGAAAGAAAAUACUCCGUUUGGAUCGGUGGUUCCAUCUUGGCCUCACUCUCCACCUUCCAACAGAUGUGGAUCUCCAAACAAGAAUACGACGAAUCCGGCCCUGGAAUCGUCCACCAUGUACCUGUUCAGAUUAAAUUUUUUACAUCUCGAUUUGAAAUGAGAUGUUCGUUUCAUGCCAGAAAGUUUAAAGUUUCACAAUUCAGAAUUAAAAAUAUAGAAACAUGGAAAAAUAAAAAGGGGCCAUUUAGAUCACUUGGAGAAAUAUUGGAAGUGGAAGGAUUAGGUGAAAAAUUACUGCAGAAGUUAUGUGAGGAUAUUGUUAAUGAAAAAACUACUGAUCUGUCAAGUGUAAAUAUAAGCAAUGGAAAAAUAGGAAGAUUCAAGCAUUUAAAUCUUAGUUCAGGAGUUGGGGUACACCUUAGCCCAACAGGCAUAAGUUGGGCAAAAUUAAAUAGAGAAGAAAAUAGAUUAGUUAAUUGGAAUUUUGAAGUGUUUACUUCCUUACCAAAAAAGAUGUCAUUAGAUGAAACUUUUGCUCAGAGCAUCGACAUAAUCAAGAAAAUCCCUCCCGGUGAUGUAUACAUCUUUGAGACCAAUCCCUCAUUGAGCCCCCAGAGUCAAACUCAAUUUUCUGCAGUCUCUGCUUAUACCCAACAACUGGAGUUAAAUGCAAUGCUGUUGACACUUUUAAAUACUAGUGUCACUCACAAUGCCACCUUACAGAAUCCAAAGGAUGAUGCAUCUCAAAAACAAAUAGAAAAUAGAGUAUUCUAUCUCAAAUCUAGAAUACCAGCAAGAUUAUUUAAUACACUGGUAGGUCAAGAGAAAGUAUCUGCCAUAACAAUAAUUGAAGAGUUAUUGAAAAAUGGAGAUGGACCCGGUUCAUCUCUACCAACCACGCCAGUUACAGUAGAGCAAAGGUUAAAAAUCUCAUUUAAUUCACAACCACCUGCCAAAAAGGAAUUACUAGGACAAGCGUUAAUGUUAAUUAUAAGUUUUAUGGACCUGUGUGUUUAUAAAAAUCCUGUUUCUAUAGCUGCUAUGAAUAUGACUAGAAAAAAGAAAUAAAACAAUAUUAUUAGUUUUAUUAAACAACUGCUUGUAAUGUGAAGUACCCAGUGUUUUAUUAAGCACUAUGGGUGUCCUUUUAUCUAACUGUUGUAGCAAAGUUGGGAUCGGUGCGAUGUCAUCCUGUUUUUUUACCAAUCUAUAAAUGAUGAACUAACAAUGUUAUCUUUUUAUUCAACAUUGCUACAUAAUUAAAAUAAAGUUAUAAACCCAAAUUUUAAUCAACAUUCAGUACACCAAACUGUCAACUGUUAUUUAUGUUAAUGAUUAACUGCAAAUAAAACGAAUUCAACGUCGCAUAGGUGAAACACCGAUUCCAUCAAAUUAAUGAAAAAAGGACAUACGAAUUGUUAGAAAAAUAAGUCCGAAUAUUUACAAAAGUGUCUAGAAAUGUGAACGUUUGAAGAAAUGUGAAAAAUGACAAAUAUUUCUUCAACUAAUGCCAUGAUUUUUAUCUGUAUUUAAAUUAAGAAUUAAUUCUAAAUUUCAAACUAAUGUAUUAACUUUUAUUGUAAUAAAAAAUCUAUUACUAA